GUUUCUGAAAGUUGUCAGAGUAAUGAAUAUUGUCUUGUAGUUUAGCGCCAUCUUUUGGCAAUUUUCUUUUCAACUCGGAUUUCGUACGCGUGUUUACACUUGUUAUAUAUGAGAAAAUUGUAACCGCGUCGUUGUGUACAAAGUGAGCGUUUGGUGAAACGACUAAACGCUAAUUUUUGCUCAAUAUAAACGCGCAGGGUUAUUGUCAGAUAUUCAUUUGCGUAGUCCCACACAUGCAAUCGUACGAAAAUGGAAGCUGACUAGGAACAGUUAUUUUAAGAAGUUUUUACGCUUUUGUGAUGGCAUCGACAAGUCAACAGAAUGAAGAAGAACCAGGGAGUUCGUCUGUCCUUAAUCCAAUCGAAGAAGUUAGGAAUAUGACUUGGGGAAGUGAAUUGAAAGAAGAUGUUUUCUCGCGAUGGUCGCAAGGUUUUGUAUUCAGUGAUGAUGAGCCUAUGGCGCUGCUGCAGUAUGAAGGAGGUCCAUGUGCAAUCAUUGCACCUGUUCAAGCAUUCAUCAUUAAGAACUUGCUUUUCAGCCAAGAGAGCCAGUGUGAAGAUGGCUCAGAAAGCUGGAGACAAACAAAUGGGGACCAACGGAAGCACCUGCUACUCUGUGCAAUGCAGGACAUCAUCUGUUCAGUGUCCAAUGGAAACUAUAUAUUGGUCUUACAAGAAGAUAAACAGGAAUUGACCAUAGAGAAUGUAGCUGGAUCGUCAGAUGGGGAACCCACUCAUGUCACCUUCCAUAGAAAUCUCAGAAUACAAACCUAUAAAUCUGAAGAUGAGCUCCGGGGUGCUUUGAUGACAACAUACCAUAUGUUUGUUGGGGAUGGGGGUGUUCUUCUCUUUCUUUACUCGGUGUUACUAACAAAGGGCCUUGCUGUAAUACAGGAUGAAGUAGAAGAUGCAAAUGAGCCUCUCAUUGAUGGCAUUUAUGGGCAUGGAAAUCAGUGUUUGAUAAACCUGAUGGUGACUGGUCGGGCUGUUUCAAACGUCUUUGAUCAUGAGAAAGAUGUAGCUGGUCUACAAAUGAAAGGUAUCUCAAAGCAGUCAUUGAUUGGGUUUAUGACGAUUCUGGAGAAUCUUAAAUAUUGUGAAGUUGGAACACUUUUAAAGAGUCCAGUUUACCCUAUUUGGUUGCUUGCUAGUGAGACCCAUCUUACAGUUUUCUUCUCUCAGGAGUUAGCGCUGGUCGCUACUGAAACCAAGUGGGAGAAAGCAAGAAGAGUCUUCAGCGAGUACGAUACUGAAGGAAGUGGUUUUAUCCAAUGUGCCAUGCUACAGAGUGUCCUUGAGGCCCUAGAACUUGUAGCUGUGCCUGAAUAUGUUGAGUUCAUGACCCAACGUCUAGACCCUGAGAAGUGCGGUAUUGUCCUUCAGAAUACAUUCAUGGCUGAGUUCUUUCCUGAUGAGCCUGACAGGUUAUUACCAGAGUACUUUACAGUGUAUCAUUACAAUGGUAUAAGGAGAUCAAAUCCACAUUCUAAAGUGAUGUUUCUAAAGGGUAGAGGCUCCGCCCCCAACCCCGGUGAGCUGGAGGUCCUCACGGAAGCUACACCCCUUAAAUCUUGCCUGCGGACAAAAUGGCCGACAUUCGAGGCCAAUUGGGAAAACAAUGUGAACCCGUCUAUCAAUUGAUGCUACGCAUAGAAGUGAUAGAACUGUAGACCGUAAAUUAUGUAAAUAUAGACAUUUUUAUCAUAUGUGUACAGUCUUUUUUCAAGACGUGUAUAUACUACAACCACCGAAUGCGGAGUCAGUUGGUUUUGUUCUCAGAUCAUCAAACAUUACUUCGAUCUGAGUCUUUUGAGCUGUUAUCAGUUUGGUCUUACUGAGUUAGAUUAACUCAACAGCUUUUCGAUCCAGUAAACCACUUGGAAUAAUUGUUCAUAUCUGAAAUCAGCUUGGAGCGGUGUGGCAUUGCAUUAAUUGCCCUUCCAAACCUUUGUCAGGUUAGUGCACCCUGUGGCACAAAGCCUAGCAAUCGAUCGUAGAACAGGUUUGAUGAUUGAUUGUAUUGACCAGAGUGAUCAAUUGUAAAAUCAGUUUUACAGACCCAGAACGUUACAGUGCAACUAGACUUAUCCAUGGAUCCACUGCAUAUCUUUAAAUCAUCAUGGAAAUGGUAUUAGGAAUCAGAAGACUUGUCAACUAUCGUUUCUGGUAGUUUUCCCACUAGUAAGGAGAUUUCCCAAAUUAAAUCAAAUUCAGAUCGUCUUCAGUUAAUUUGAGGAAUUUUUUUUUUUUGGUUGAAAUGUUUGGAAAGCAGGAAAUAAUGAUAUUGAAAUGCUUUGAUUUUUCUUUGAUUUAUUGACCAUGAAUGAAGGGAUGAAACUAAAAUUAUUUUAGUUUACAAUAUAUCAUUUUUUGGCAAAUUGAAAAUGCCCAGUCUACCCCAACCCAAACUUGAUCUGAAUAAAAAGAGAAAAAUCAAACAAGAGUUAUGGCACUUGAAUGAUAAGCUUUGUUUCACAAAAUAGUAAUAUACACAUAAUAGUGUUAUGCAAAUUAGGAAGCUGAUGAUAUCACAUGUUCAUUGUUUCUUUAGUAUUUUGUUAUAUAUCAUAUAUAUGUAUUUUACUUUAGCCUCCAAUAAUGUAAAAUUAAUUUUACUCAACAUUGAACAUUUAUGAUCACCAUAGGUGUAACUUAUUUGAGGAGUCAGUCAAAAGCUUAUUAUAAUAUUUAUGGAAAUAGGAAUAUUUGAUGUUUCAUUUAAAAUGAAAACAGGUGGGUGUCACUUUUGUUACAGCAAUCUUAACAUAUUCAUUAAAUGCAACUCAAUGUUUGAAAAAGCGAACAGAGAAAACAGAGAAAAUGUAGUCACACUUUGUAAAAAAAAAUACCAAGAAAACUCCAGGCAUAUUAUUUGGCACUUCAUAAACACCUCACCUGUAAGCCGUGUAUAACUUCUUAAAAAAUUAAUGAAACACCACUCUGGGGGCUAUUUUAGAGUGGAUUAUUAGAUAUACCCCAAGAAAAAGCUAUACAUGACACGGUGCUUCUAUUUGUAUGAUACAUGUAAGUGUGUGCUGUUAUUGUACAAAAUAUCUAAUGGUUUAGGUCUUUUGUAUUCAAGAAUCCAUGUUAAUUGAUCAUUGUCAAGACAAAAGAAUUUGGUGGUGAUUUGAUUUUUCAUACUGCAAACUCUACAUUUUUUAUUUAUUAACCGUUGUACAUAUAUUAUGAUUUAAUUGUUUUGUCUUCAUUCUGCAAACUUGUAGAUACUGAUUACUAAUAACAAAUGCGCAAUUUCUAUAACAAAUAUGUUACCAGCCGAUCCAAUUUAAGAAUUUCAGUAUCUUUUAUCUGUUAUUGCAAAUUUGUUAGUAUAACAAUUUUUAUGAAACGGGACCCAGGUAUGGUUGUAUUACUUGAGAAGUAAAUUUUGGCUGAACUAUAAUCAAUUCAAUCAAUCAAUCGAAGGAAUCAGUCCUGGGAUCAAUCACUAAGCUUUAUGUAACAGGGCCCAGGUAGCCAUUUCAUAAAGCUGUUAUAAGUUAAGAGCGACUGGUGAACCUUUCUUACGCUAAAUAGUCACCAUUGAACAUUUAAUGGUGUCAAUCAUCUACCAAAGAAAGGAUCACCAGUCGUUCUUAACUUACGAAAGCUUUCUGAAACACCCACCAGGUUUAUUCUUUCAGAUUUCUUGGGUUAUUGAGAGUGCACAAGUUUUCUAUCCAAGAAAAAUAGAAAUUUUGCAGCACUUUAGAGAUGUGUCGUUAUUAUGAUUCACUUGAAGUGACCAAAAUAUAAAAAAAAAUCAUAGCCAAGAUUUAUUUUUCUCUCACCUCAUCUUAAGGCACCAAUGUCAUUAUAUUUGUAUUCAUGUAAUCAGUGUACAUGUAGCUCCUGUUUGGAGUUGUAUAUUUUCCUGUCAUUAAAACAUGUGUAUAGUUGUAAAAUAAUAAUGUUAAAUUUAACAACCGAAAUGUGGAAA